AUGCAGGAUAACUUAACAUCCUCUGAAAAUAACUUAGAAUAUAACUAUGAAGUGGUGUGUGAGGAAUUCUUAAAUAUGCUGAAUAGACACUAUGAAGAUGAGAAUACGUCUGUCAUGACGAGUUAUUCACAAACAGGAUUACUUUAUAAUCAGAAUGUUAGCAAUGUCAAUGUUAAACUAAAUACUAACCGUGUUAAUUUUCCAGAUGUUGUUGAUAAUGACGAUGGUGAUGAUGAGGAUGAUGAUGAAAGAGAAGAGAUUGAUGAAGUAGAUAGAGAAAGAUUUGAAGAAUUAUUGAAUAAUUUAGAAAAACCUUCAUUUUUAUGCCUACCAUUUCAUUGUCUAAGUAAAUUAUGCCCAAAUUUAUGGGGGACAGGUACCACCAGAAAAGGUGAGCCAAAAUCUGAUCAGCGUAAAUUACCAUAUAAAAGCCAUGGAAUGAUACAAAUAAUCUAUGAUAAUAUAAUUGGAUUAUUAUUCGGUAUCCUGAUAGGAUUCAUUGUUUACGCUGUAUUUGUCACUUUGUUAGCUCACAGUCCGCAUGCAUCAACCCUGCUCAGUGCCUAUGCUAUGAUGUUUUCAAUAUUUGCUUUAGCUUUUUCAUCUGAUUUUCGGUGUAUCGCUCUACUGUUUUUUCCCUAUUUAACAACAAGUCGUAUACGUUGGUUACUGCUGAUGUAUGCGACAAGUUUAUGCAUUGGUGGACCAGGUUUAAAUUUUCUCUAUAAUUUUGAAACAUUUCGUAAUUCACUUGCAUGUAUCAUUUCACAGAUAAGUACAAAUUUAAUGAUUUUAAAAACAUUCAAUAAUUCACCAUUCAGUGUGUUAAAGGUAUCCAUUGAAAGUUUCAUCAGUGAAUUGAAUUCUAUGCUGCAUAGUCUGCGAACAGCUCUGUCAACUAUUCAUUCAUCUGUUCUACAGUUGAUUGUAACCAUGGAGAAGAAUGCCGGUUGGAUUGAGUCUAUACGUCAAUCCUGUGGGAAUACUGAUGUUCUACGUAAUCUGUGUACACGAUUUUUGAAUAAAGCCUAUUUACUGUGUGUUGAUGAAUUGACCACAUUCAGUGGGUUGUGUCAUCACUUGAAGUUUGUUUCCAUAGAUCUAUGCACUAAAACACCAUCAAUGAUUGGUUCAUGUGAUAGUUAUGUGGAGACUAUUGAAAGUAGGAUAAAAUUUGCCUCGAAAAAUAAUCUUACUGAGAAAAUGAAUAAAAUUAUAAAUAUAAUUGGAAAAGAGAAUUUAACACUGUUGGAUAAUUUUGAUGACUACAUUGAAGUAACCAAUGAAAUGGAUGAUAUAAUAGCUGAAUUAUUGAGGGCUCAGUCAGCUGGUUUUAUACGAAAAAUUGAACACGCGAAAGAAAUCACAACAUGGAUACUACUUGCAUGGUCUUUGUUCACUAUGAUACAGUUAAUUGUUAAAGCUGCUAUAUUUAGAAAUUCUUGGCUAAAUAAAGAGACAUUUGACAAUCACUAUAUUACUAAGUCGUUUAUCAAACAGGUAAGUGGUGAUUAUGUGGCCCAAUUGAAUUAUGAAGAUUACUAUUAUUAUUUAUGUUAUGAUUUCGUUAAUUAA